GAAGUCCAACUGGGUCAUCAGGAGGGUGGGUCACCAGGAGGGGUCAGCCAAUCGUGAAGAAGAAAAUGUUCUACUUCAAAAUUGAGAUUGCCUCAAUUGUCCUACAUAUGCUGUCAAAUACCCUAAAAUAGCAUAGAUACAAAGGGGAGUCACCUAUCCAUCUCUAUGCAGUUGCUUUACUUUAGCCUCGGUUUGGCUGCAAGUUUGACAUUUUAUCUGCUGUUUGAAACAAUAAGGCACUGGUCGCAAUGGAGUCUUUUGUUAAAUUCACAAAUCAAAGUCAAGGAAGGGAUCGUAUUUUCAGGACAACCCAAUAUGCAUGUGCCUUGGUGAAGUAUUUGCUUCGCAAUAAUUCUGCAAGGAAAGAGCUUGUUGUCAAGCUGCAGAGUCUGGAGUCCAACAUGAGUUCUGGAAGGAAAUUGCUCAGACUGGGGAACACUGUGAAUUCCAUUGACGCUGCCAAGCGAACCUUGCAGCUCUCUGACCCUGUGUUGCGCCUCUGCCUUACUGUGGCGAACAUCAACCGCGCCCUUUACUUUAUCUGCGACAAUGUGCUCUGGGCCAGAAAUGUUGGCCUUGUCCCUGGUAUCGACAAGGAGCGCUGGAGCUUGAAUGCCUCUUGUUGCUACUUCCUGUCCCUGGUUAUGAGUCUGACCAGAGAUGUUUACGUAAUCACCCAGACUAUGGUUCAGAGAACCAGAGAUAGGCAGUUUCAGGAGAAAAUGGAUCAGCACCUCAAUGACAACCCUGAUGUGGCUACUGUUAUUGUUCCUCAACUGGAUGCUUUUCUGUUCCUGCUUUUCGAGAGUCUUAAAAGCCAUCCCUCGGUUACCCUUGACACACUGAAAAACAUUUGUGAUAUUUUCAUUCCACUGGACAGGCUGGGUGUGUACCGGUCAAACCCAGGAGUGGUGGGCUUUUGUGGGCUGAUUUCAUCUCUCUUAGGGAUAGUGUCAGUCUUGCACCCCAGUUUGAAAAUCCAACCAUAACCUAGAGUUGAAGGAAAAUGAAAGGAGCUAGAAUUAUGAAAUGAAGAGAAGCCAUACACAGUACAAUGGGCAGAUGCCAGUACUAAGGUUUAUAGUCAUUUUUCAGGGGUACUAUCCUAUUUUGAAUCACUUCAGGGGAAGUUGCAUGCUAGCAGAAGUUCACUGAUUACAGCAACCCCUUCAGAUAGCAAUUACGAGCUUAAAGGGCAAACACUUAUGAGUAGCCAAUGUUUAUGAUUACUGUUAGGACCAGCAACAGCUCAUAGGUGGAUCCAUAUGUACCUUUUUAGACAUUUUCAAAAUUAAUAUAUUAUGAAGGGAACUGUGCAGUAUUUAGGAACCACAAAGACAAACGGGGCUGGACUGGGAUCUUAAUUAACUUGGUUUACUAGUGUUUAAUUGAGCCCGAGGAGGUUUGUGAUAUAUGGCCAAUAUACCAUGGCUAAGGGCUGUUCUCAUGCACAACGCAAUAUGGAGUGCCUCAACACAGCCCUUAGCCGUUGUAUAUUGGCCAUGUAUCAUAAAUCCCCAAGGUGCCUUAUUGCUCUUUUAUACUGGUUAAUGUAUUUAGAGCAGUAAAAAUAAAUGUUUUCAUACCCAUGGUAUACGGUCUGAUAUACCAUGGUUGUCAGCCAAUCAGCUUUCAGGGCUCGAACCACCCAGCAAUUUUUAAUUGAACACUGUAGAGCACUGUAGGUGGGGGCCAUAAUGCUUUAUUAACUAAAUAACUUGACGGAUCAUGAGUUGCGUGAUUCAACAUUACCACACUGUCUACUGUAUGUCUUUGAUUCCAAGGCCACUUUGUAUCAGGUGAAUUUGCACAGCCUGUGCAAUUGAUAAAAGGAAGCUUUCACUUUGGAAAUAAGGCCCUUAUGAUGUAGAAUAUAACUGAUUGAAAUGAACACAAAUUCAAGUGUACUUUAGAUUGUGACCAAUUGGAUUAUUUACUAAAAAGUUUUGUUGAUGUCUUGUGUAAUUGUCAAAUCAUGUCCAGUAUUUUUCUUUAUCGUUGUUUAAAUAUGUACCAGUACAUGAAACACUGAUGUUUAGGCCACUCCUGCCUUUUUAGUUACAAUAAUCUUCCUCUUAAUAGAUGCUAUUCAGCAUACAUAGUCUACCUCACUUUUUAAUGGGAUCUGCCUGGGAUAUCAACUAUGGCAGGGAUAUGGCCUAGAAAUCAGUAUUUCUCCAGCGCUGUGAAAUGUUUGUAACAAACACUAUGGUUAUAGAUUGAAAUCAAAGUUUCAAAAGGUUCUAAUGAGUAACACUAAUCAAUAGUUGUAAUGUUCUGUUUAUCAUGAGAAAAGUACAAAAAGUUUAUGCAAAUAAUGUAUUCCAUAAUGGAAGAGCCUUAUUAAUACUUAAUAUAUUUCUAUGCAUAAUGCAAUGUAACAAAAUGGAUUGAAUUUGACCAAACCUGUUCAAUAAAAAAAUAGAUUCUG